GCUACACCCUUCAAACAUCCCACAGACACUCCUAGGAAAACAAGCCUUCUUGGGAACAGAACCCCAGAGCACAGCAGUACACCUUCUCUCAUCUCUCCCUCGAUGCCUAUCUCUGAUCUCAGGAUGUGGACUCUACUGCUUGGGGUUAUUUUCGGACUUCUGGCACCUGUUCAGUCCGACCCUGUUCCUGUCUCGACAGAACCUCCCGCUCUGGCUGCUGGGGAUUUUCUUGGGGAAACUUUCAAGGUCUUCAAGAAGCUUGUAGUGGGUCCCCCGGAUGCCACCAAUGGAACAUCCAGCAGUGACGAAACAGUGGACCUAGAUCAUUUGGUGACCCCUGACCCUGUGACAUCUGACCCGGAAGACCAACUGCCCACCUUUGACCCAGAGGAGGGCAGCACAGAUGAGACAGAGGGCAGCACUACAGAGGGCAGUAUGAAACACCCCACUUCAGGACAAGAUGAUGAAGGGGAGCUGUUUGAUGCCAACCUUAAACCUAGCUUUAACCUCCGCCCCAGUCCAACUCCUCGCCCCAGUCCAACUCCUCGCCCCAGUCCAAGUGAUAGACCUGAUUCACCAGAGGAAGAUGAAAUGAUCCUGGAUACCGAAAGCCCCACAGCAGAGUUUGUCCCCACAGCAGAGUUUGUCCCCACAGUAGAGUUUGUCCCCACAGCAGAGUUUGUCCCCACAGCAGAGUUUGUCCCCACAGCAAAGAUUGUCCCCACUGCAGAGUUUGUCCCCACAGUAGAGUUUGUCCCCACAGCAGAGUUUGUCCCCACUGCAGAGUUUGUCCCCACUGCAGAGUUUGUCCCCACAGCAGAGUUUGUCCCCACAGCAGAGUUUGUCCCCACAGCAGAGUUUAACCCCACAGCAGAGUUUGUCCCCACAGUAGAGUUUGUCCCCACAGCAGAGUUUGUCCCCACAGCAGAGUUUGUCCCCACAGCAGAGUUUGUCCCCACAGCAGAGUUUAACCCCACCACUGAUUUUUUGAUUGAUUUGGAAGAUGUUAACGCAAUCCUUGAUGCUAACCCCAGCCCCAGUCCUUAUCCAACUCAUGAUGCUAACCCCAGCCCCAGUCCUUAUCCAACUCAUGAUGCUAACCCCAGCCCCAGUCCUUAUCCAACUCAUGAUGCUAACCCCAGCCCCAGUCCUUAUCCAACUCAUGAUGCUAACCCCAGACCCAGUCCUUAUCCAACUCAUGAUGCUAACCCCAGCCCCAGUCCUUAUCCAACUCAUGAUGCUAACCCCAGCCCCAGUCCUUAUCCAACUCAUGAUGCUAACCCCAGCCCCAGUCCUUAUCCAACUCAUGAUGCUAGCACCACAACAGAGCUAGAGGAGAUGGAGGACGAUAUAUUCAGACCAAACUUUGUCGCCAGCCCUAGUCGUGUACCGGAUCCCAGUCCCAGCCAUAGUCCCAUCUCAGAGUUUGAAGAAGAAGACCUGUUACCUCUUAGCCUUGAUCCAAGCUUUAGUACCACCUCCAGACCUAGCCAAAGUUUGGGGAGCAGCCAUACACCUAGUUCUAACCUAACCAGUAUGACAGACUUGGAGGAAGGCGGGGCUGCAAAGAUGAACACAGAGCUGGCCUUCACCUCAACCACCAGUUCUACCGCACCUACAACAGUCAGGAUGAAUUCAGACAUCGAAGGGUCAGGGUCGGGAUUCCUGCCUCAGAGUAGCACCACAGUAGCAGCCCCUGCUGGUGAGGAGGACCAAACGUACAACUCCCGAGUCGAUAAGCCACUCAUUGAAACAAAGACAAUAAUUCAAGGCAGCAAUAGGCUUGCUCUACCAAGGGAGGAACCGGCAGUGGAUACCUCUACAGUUCUUCGUGAUGCAGCUGCUGUAAAACCAACCCCAUCCAGACAACAUGAUUCAUAUACAUCGGGUUGGUUGAUCAUCGUUGCCUUCGUCGCGGGCGUGGCGGUGUUGGUCGUAAUCUGUGUCGCCAUAGGUACCAGAGACAGGUGGAAUGCACCGGCCCAGGCUUCUGAGAAGAAGGUCGCCAACGCGAGCUCAGGAGAUGAGAAGGUGGAGCGGGAAAUGGAGAGGUUUCUGUCUAAAGAGAGGCCAAGGGAAAACAUCCACGCUGGAGAGUACACUGUUAUACUUCUGGAGGACCUCCCUGAGAAAGAGCCGCUGGACUGAGACGGGCCAAGGAGAUGCAGAACGGGGACAAAAUAAGAACAACGGACACCUGAGAAAUAGAAUGGAACGGGUCUCCCCAUUCUAGUCAAUGGUGGCAUAAUGGGUGGCAUAAUGGGUGGCAUAAUGGGUGGCAUAAUGGGUGGCAUAAUGGGUGGAUCCCCCAUUCUUGACACACACAGGAAACUGUUGAGUGUGAAAAACCCAGCAGCAUUGUAGUUCUUGACACAAACGGGUGCACCUGGCACCUACCCUGUUCAAAGGCACUUAAAUAUUUUGUC